GCCACUGAAAGUACUUCGCAGUUAGCCCACGUUGCGGCAAGCCCUCAGCAUGUGUGUUACACCGUCCGUAGGGACUAUAACCCUUGCACUGUGCGCCUUCUUUGUCGCGCCUACGGUAGGAAAGGCCACUCAAAAGCUUCCCCGCAAUGUGACAGAUGCAUUCGAGUUGUUUGGCAGUUUCCCUUACGUCGUGUUGGAGUACACGUCCGGCGAUGAUCCGAUAUUUCAGUGCCUCACGAACAAACGAGUUCAGCUGGACAUGAAGAAGCAGACGGCUACCUAUGUGUGGAUGUUCAAGGGGCAUGGUGGCACUAAGAAGAAGGAUAUCGCUCUGCACUUGAGAGCUGGUGAUGCGCCGGACAAGGUCAUUUUCACAUUAGACGAUGACGCUGACAACUUCUACCCGGCCCACUUUGUGUACACGGACUACAGGUCAUGCGUGAUCGUGAAUAUAGACUACCAAGGAAUGCAGUGUCAACUAUGGGUUGCCGCAAAGUACAAGUACGAUAUCCCUCAGCAUUGCCUGGAGCAACUAGAGGAUAUAUGCGACGUUGCUGUGGAGGCGUAUUUGCCAGAAUUAUGCAAAGAUAACAAGGAUAAUUUGUAACUUGUUUUCAAGUGAUUAAAUGAAACUGGAAAACAGUGUCCUUAAGAGCACGUCGGAAUAAAACAUGCAACCUUGUUUUCGAGUGACUAAAUGAAACUGGAAAAAGUGUACUUAAGAGAACCUCAAAAUAAAACAUGCUAUGCCUA